AUGGUUUCUACCGAUAAAGCCUUCAAGGUGGGCAUCAUCUGCGGCAGCACUCGCGCGCCCCGCGUCGGGCCCCAGAUCACAGACUUCGUGCACAAGGCGAUCGAGUCCCACCUUGCAUCUCAGCCAAGCAGCCACGGAUUAACCCUGGAAACCGUCGACAUCGCCGCCUUCAACCUGCCGCUGUUCGACGAGCCGGGCAUCCCCCAGGCCAUCACUGACCCGGCAGGCUACGCCCACCAGCACACGCGCGACUGGUCCGCCCGCAUCGCCGCCCUAGACGCAUUCGUCUUCGUCACGCCGCAGUACAACUGGGGCAUCCCCGCGGCGCUGAAGAACGCCAUCGACUUCCUCUUCAACGAGUGGACGCGAAAGCCUGGCAUGAUCGUGUCUUAUGGCGGCCACGGCGGCGGCAGGGCCGCUGAGGCGCUGAGAGUUGUGCUUCAGGGUUUGAAGAUGAAGACGCCUGAGAAGACUGUGAAUCUGUCAUUCCCUGACCGGAAGUUUAGUGGGAAAUGUUUCCUUGGUGGGGAAUUGGGACUGCAGGAGAAUGGUAACACGGUGUGGGUGGAGGAUCGAGAAAACAUUAUUGCUGUCUGGGAUGAGAUGGUAAAGCUCCUAGUAGAUUAG